AUGACCUUCCAAAAUCGUAUGGCCUUAGACAUGAUGCUUGCACAAAAGGGUGGUGUGUGUGUAAUGGUAAAAGGAACAAGUACUUGCUGUACCUACAUCCCAGACAACACUGGACCAAAUGGUAAGGUCACUAUGGCUAUAAAAAAACUGUCUGAUCUGUCAGAAGAGUUGAAAAGGAAUUCAGGGAUCAUUGACCCAUGGGAUCAAUAUUUUGGGUGGCUCAAGGGAUAGAAGCAGGUGCUAGCACAAAUAGGGGUGAUUAUUGUAGUUACCCUGAUACUCAUAGCCCUGAUAGUGUGCUGUGUGAUUCCCUGUAUAAAGAAGCUUAUGAACAAAGGUAUAGAAAUGACUAUGUAUGCAGAAGAGAUCCAAGAACAAGCUGCCCCACUGAACCCAAAACCUAAGGAGUACUACAGUUAUCUAGCCAAAUACAGAAAGAAGCAGAAAAAGAACUAUGUUGUAUAA